AUGAAGUUCCUAGUCGCGAUCGCAGUCUGCAGCCUGGCCGGAGUCUGUCUGGCCGACAGCUACGGCAAGCCAGCGUACCCGGCCGCCCCGGUGGCGCACGCCUAUGCCGCACACGCCCCGCACGUCAAGUGUGGCUCCCAGCUGCUGGUCGGUUGCGCCCCGAGCGUUGCCCACGUACCGUGCCAUCCGGCGCACGGUGGUGGCCACCACGAGUACCACCACGCUCCGGCCCCGGCGUACCACCACGCUCCGGCCCCCGCCUACCAUCAUGCGCCGCCCAAGAAGGAGUACGGACACGCGCCGGCCCCGGCCUACCAUCAUGCCCCGGCCGCCCACGGAUACGAGGCCCCGAAGAAGGAGUACGGACACGCUGCUCCGGCCGCCCACGGAUACGAGGCCCCGAAGAAGGAAUACGGACACGCCGCGCACGGUGGAUACGAGGCCCCGAAGAAGGAGCAUGGCCAUGCCGCCCCGGCUGCCCACGGAUACGGUGGCGGAUACGGCAAGCGCUCGAGCGACUUCGAGGCGGAGAUGGAGGAUUAG